UCUCAUAUUGGCGAAACCAGGCCUCGCCACACCUUGAGAAACUAGACCCGUCGCCACCACCAAGCUCAGUCGCCUCCACCAAGCUCCAUCGCCCCCCACUGAGGUAUUUUCCUUUGUCACCCCUCACUGAUGUAUUUUCCUCCAUCGCCCCACCAAGCCGUCGACCCCCACUGAAAAGAUUUUCCUCUGUCGCCCCACCAAGCCAUUGCCCACCCAGCCACUCCUCGAUGAAGUCGAUGUCAAGUGAUGAGUGAGAAGAAGAGACAAAAAAUACUGUCGCUCCUUGCAUUACGUACCAACCUCAUCCUAGUCCUAUUAAGGUGCCGACGUGCUCCCGGUAGAAAAAGUCACGUGACACGGGCCCCACUGAACAGCGGCGCAAAAGCCUCGCUGUCCCCACCUUCAUUCGAGAGACCUUUGCCACGCGUACCGAACACGCGUGGCCAAGCAUUUUCCCAAGAAAUGGAAACAAAAAAGAAAAUUUGGUAAGAAGAAUCACACACACGGGGACGCACCAGAGGGAGGCUUUGGUUUGUUCAAGGUGACCGGAUCGUAUAGCUCCACAAUGCCUGAGAAACUAACCAGAUAUUAAUGUCGCUCACUUUUUUUUUCUUUUUCCUUUUCUGUUCUGAAAUCUACUCUAAUCUAACCCUAGAAUCAACUCCCGAAAGGGAAUUACCACGAAAGUAGCUUCUAACCCUAGAUCUUCAUUUUUUUUUUUUCUCACUUUUUUGGUUCUAUUCGGCUCGAUUUCCCCUCGACUGGUUUUGGAGCUUUUUCUCGGGGUUUUCUAUUUGUAUCCUUCGGCCCAGAUUCGCGUGCUUUCUCUGCGUAAACAAUUUUUUUAUAUAUUUUUUCCGUAAAUUAGGUUUUGGAGUUUUAGCUAGGGUUUCAAAAUUUCCGUUGUGUAAAUGGAGCAUCGCGUUGGGAAUAGGUUUCGGCUUGGCCGAAAGAUCGGUAGCGGCUCGUUCGGGGAGAUCUAUCUCGGUACUAAUAUUCAGAGUAACGAAGACGUUGCAAUUAAGCUUGAAAAUGUCAAGACAAAGCAUCCUCAAUUGCUAUACGAAUCAAAGUUAUACAGAAUCUUACAGGGAGGAACUGGGAUUCCAAAUGUAAGAUGGUUUGGUGUGGAGGGAGACUAUAAUGUGCUGGUAAUGGAUUUGCUGGGACCUAGUCUUGAAGAUCUUUUUAACUUCUGCAGCAGGAAGCUUUCUUUGAAGACAGUUCUUAUGCUUGCAGAUCAAAUGAUUAAUCGUGUCGAAUUUGUUCAUUCUAAAUCAUUUCUUCAUCGAGAUAUCAAGCCUGACAACUUUCUGAUGGGCUUGGGAAGGCGUGCAAAUCAGGUGUAUGCCAUUGAUUUUGGUCUAGCAAAAAAAUAUAGAGAUAGUUCAACCCAUCAACAUAUUCCUUACAGAGAAAACAAGAAUUUGACUGGAACUGCUAGAUAUGCAAGCAUGAACACUCACCUUGGUAUAGAGCAAAGCCGCAGGGAUGAUUUAGAAUCUCUUGGAUAUGUCCUUAUGUACUUCUUGAGAGGAAGUCUCCCUUGGCAGGGACUGAAAGCAGGAACCAAGAAACAGAAGUAUGACAAAAUCAGUGAAAAGAAAGUUUCUACCUCAGUUGAGGCCUUGUGUCGGGGUUAUCCAACAGAAUUUGCAUCAUACUUUCACUAUUGCCGUUCACUACGAUUUGAUGACAAACCAGAUUAUGCUUAUCUGAAAAGAAUAUUUCGGGAUCUUUUCAUCCGAGAAGGCUUCCAGUUUGAUUAUGUAUUUGACUGGACUAUUUUGAAGUAUCAGCAAUCACAGAUGGCUGCUCCUCCAGUUCGUGCCCUUGGUGCUGGUGCUGGAACUAGUUCUGGAAUGCCCACUGCUAUUGCCAAUGCUGAUAGACAGAUAGGUGGGGAGGACGGGCGAGCAGCUGUUUUGCCUUCGAUGAUUCCAUCACGCCGGAGAAUAGCAGGACCAGCUUUAAGUUCUGGAACUUUUUCAAGGCAGAGAAGUCCAGUUGUUAAUGAUUCUGCAAUCUCUAAUGAUGUUAUGUUACCAAACUCCAAUAAUUUGGGCCGUCCAAGUGGAUCAUCAAGGCGGGCUGCUGUUUCUAGUAGCCGUGAUGCAUUUGUUGAGAGUGAGUCAGAUCCCAAUCACUCUCGUACUACUGAGGCCAGCCCUGGAGCAGCUCGCAGAAUUUCAAGUGGGCAAAGGAGUUUACCUGUUGGAUCCUCAGAUCCCAGACGUACACCAUCUGGGAGAAAUACCUCCCGGAACUAUGAAGGUGCCCUCAGGGGCAUGGAGACCCUGCAAUUAGACAAUUGAUAAGAGGGAUCAUUAUUAAAUGCUUAUCUUGGUGCACCUUUGUAAAAAAGUACAAAUUCUUGUGUGCUAUUAUGCAUGCUGUAGGCAUAGGUUUGCUUGGAGUUGAGUUGUAAAGGAAGUUGGAAUUGAGUUGUUGGGACUUGAAAUUCAGGGGAUUCGGGGUUUGGAUUUGCGCACUCCUAGCCAUAAACAAGACGAGUUGAAUCAAAUGUGAAAAACUAAGUUUCAUCUGAACUGAUUCCAGGCGCGGGCUCUCAGGUCGGUUAUCUUUGUAUGGCUUCUCUAUUCUCUGGCUACAAUGUUUCAACUUUUUAUCCUGUUUAACUGUGAUCGUUUCGCUGA